UCUCUUUAAUUGUUUGCUUAAAACUCAAGAUAUAUAUGUUUCAGUUUGAAGAUUCUGCUGGGUUCUUUUCAGGACAGGAGAAUACGGAGGAACAUGACCUCCAGAGAAAUGUAGAUGUCAGCCUUCAUAUGACGUUCGUGCCAUCUGAGAAGUCCGGUCUCCUGUUCCUUGCAUCUGGAGAAUCCCAGUAUCUACUAGUAGAAUUAGUCAAUGGGACAAUCAGGACUAAAUUGAAAAAAGGCAAAGAAGAAUCCAUAAUAACCCUGCCAAACUGGACUGUUCGGAUACAUAGUGAGGCCCACAAAAUAGAUCUAAAGGUCACUGAAUCUCAGAUGAUCUUAACAGUGGACGGAUUCACCAAUGCUUUGAAUGUUUCAUUUCCCCAGCAGAAGCCGUUCACAUAUCACAGUAUAUUCCUUGGUGGAACUGGUGGAAAUCACACUGCAGAAAAUAUUCCUACAUUUCGUGGCUGUAUCAUGGAAGCUAAUUUCAAUAACAUGGACCUGCUUUCUGGGUUUUUUCCUCAAGUAUCAUUUCAUGGACAAUGGGAAAUGUGUCACACAGACCUUCAGGCUAGUGGUGUUGGUUCCUUUGGAUUUCUAGGACCACGCUCAUAUCUGAAGUUUCCAAGUUGGAAUAUGAAACCACAGGGAUCUAUUGAAAUAACUCUGGAGACCUCUAGACCAGGGCGCGCACCUCUGCUUUACCAAUCAGGACCCCAAAAAUCUUACUUAUAUGUUGAAAUUGCUGGUGGUCACCUCCAGGGAGUGUUUGACACCGGAGUGUCAGCUGUAAAAUUCCAAAACCUGGUGUACAUUAGUGACAGCCAGAUCCAUACUAUACAAAUUUCUAUGGAUAGUUCCAAAAUACAGCUGACUGUGGAUGGAACGUCCACCCAGUUCUCUCUCAAUAGUGUAGGACAAAAAUGGGAUUUCCAUGGUGAUCUUUAUUUUGGUGGUGUGGAUGAAAUUACUUUAGCUAAGAUGCAGGACGGUCCUCUUGGUAACAUUGAUUAUAUGGAGUAUAAAUCUUUUUCUGGAUGCAUUAGGAACUUGAAGAUUAACUCUAAGAGGAUGGAAAUACAGGACGCAUUGACAAGCAAAGAUAUAGUAGAUGUUUGUCAUGAAUAUGACUAUUCAGAUUAUGAAGACUAUAUCACUAUCAUUACCACCACAACUGCUCCAACAAUUUUUGAAAGUCUUUCUGACAUCUGCAAAAUGGAACCCAGUUCAGCCAAAAUGACUUUUCUUCUAAAUCUUAAGCCUUUAGUAGUAGCCAGGGGAAGAUUUGCAGUUCUGGAAUUGAGACAUGUUAACCCUACAAUUGACUUGGAAAAGGUUGGUUUACGUCAAUCUCAGCUAGUUUUUACAAUAGUUGGCAGCCCUCAACAUGGGCAGCUAGAGCUUGGCAUUCCAGGAGGUGAAACCAAAAGAAAAUUUACGUUGCUGGAUAUAAACAAUCAAAGAGUGCGAUACAUCCAUGAUGGGUCAGAGUCAUAUAAGGACCAACUAGGCCUAGAGAUCUCAUUAGCCAGUGGAAUAAAUGUCCCUGAGUGUCUAAGGAAGGCUCAACGUUUUAAUCUUACAAUAAAUAUUUCUCAUUAUAUUGCUAUUCCUGUUAUUCAGUUUCCUAAAGGAAAUAUAUUUUGGACUCUACAAUAUGGACAAAAAGUUUUAACAAUGGAUAAUAUUAAGAUUACAGACUCAGAUACGCCAUGUGAAUUGCUAACAAUUUAUGUAACUGGAAAUUUCAAACAAGGACAAAUUGAAAUUCAGGGCAAGCCUGGAGAAGCGGUUCAUGAAUUUUCCUGCAAAGAUCUAGAAGCAGGUCAAGUGGUAUUUGUUCAUAAAUCUGGACAGGAGGCACAUCUCACCAUACAGGCCAGUGAUGGUACUUCAAGAAGUUCAUCAGAGCUUGUGAACUUUUUAGUGGUGGAGCCUCCAAUAAAUAUAACUCAGAAUGCAGUAGUGGUACACCAGGGAACAUCAGAAUUAAUCACGUCUUCCAACCUACCUGUAGUCGUUAAUGCAGAUAAAUUGGGAAUGGAAAUUACCUAUCAACUGCUUGACAACCCCAGACUAGGUAUGGUGCAGAAACUAGUGCUCGGAGAAGGAUGGAAAACAACAGAUACAUUUACACAAGAAGAUCUGGAACGAUCUGGCGUAAGGUACCUGAGUGCAGAAUCAGAAUUUCAAGGAGAAGAGUUAAGCGAAGACAUGAAAAUUCAACUGAAACUAGGCCCACAGGUAGUGAGUAAUAACACUUUCCAGGUCAAAGUAAAGAGUUCAAGUUUACAGAUGAUGAGGAUGAGUCCUCUAAAGUUGGGAAAGACACGUGAAGUGAACUUUACAGACAAAAAUUUGCAAGUGGACACAAUCACUAGUGGACAUGAGCUAUCAUCGUUCAUAUACUUCAUUGUUCAAUCCCCACGGAAGGGAAAUCUGUUGUUAGACGGAAGGAGGAUAAUGGAAGGGUCCCAUUUUACCCAGGAAGAUGUCAGCAAUGGGCGUGUUGGCUAUACAGCUACAGUACGAAAUACUAUGGAAAUGGAGGACCAAUUUCAAUUCCAAGUGUUACAUAACAGCAGGAAUUCCCCGGUAUUAGCCUACAAGAUCAUAAUUGGAGUAGAUCCAGAUGCACCCCAACUAACUAACCAACUACUAUAUGUACUAGAAGGUGAAGCAGGAGCAGUAACUCAAGAUCACCUGUUCAUAAAAAGCAGUAGAAGCACUAACUUCUUUUAUGAAGUCAUUGAUGGACCUCAACAUGGGAUGUUGAUUCGAAAGGGAAAUUCUCAGUCAGGUCAAGAAGAAGGAGUAACCGAAUUUACUAAUGAUGAUAUUCUGGAGGGCCUUCUCUUUUACAAGCAUGAUGGCUCAGAGACCACUGAGGAUGAUAUACCAUUUGUAGUUUUUAGGCAGCUUGAGGGUAGUGCUUCUGAUACAGCGGGAGAAGGAGAGGAUAGAGAAGAGGAGGUGGUGAGGGAUGUUUUCCGUGUCUCUAUUCAGCCUGUUAAUGACAAUGCUCCUAAACAAAUAGUACAUAAAGUAUUCACAGUGGUUCGCGAUGGACAGAAGUUGUUGACCACAGAUGACAUUGCAUUUUUAGACUCAGAUACAGGUACAACAGAUUCACAAAUAGUUCUAGUUAGGUAUGGGGUGUCGUUUGGAAGAAUUGUAUUUGUGGAUGAGCCAUCACUUGUAGUUAUGAGAUUUACACAAGAUGAUAUUAGAAGGCACAAAAUUCUGUUCAUACAUAAUGGUCCUGACCAAGGUUCAAUACAGUUACAGGUAUCUGAUGGACUACAUCAUCUAACAACUAUUUUAGAUGUCCAGGCAUCUGAUCCUUUUAUCCAUAUUGCCAAUAUUACUACACUUAAUGUUCUCUCAGGUGGAGAAGAAACUCUGACACCCACAAAUCUCCAGAUAGAGACCAACAUGGACUUGCGUACAGAUGAUGAAAUAAAAUAUUACAUCAAAACUAAGCCAAGGUGGGGAGAAGUUUUAAAGGGAGGAAAACCUACCGAAUGGUUUUCACAACAAGAUUUAGCAGACAAAUUAGUCAUUUAUAAGCACAGUGGAGAGGGAAGUAAUAGGGAUCAUUUCAGGAUCUCGGUUGAGGCUAACCAGGUAGAAGCAGUAGGUGAUAUCAAGAUACAAGUAAUCUCUGAUUCUCCCCCAGUGACUCUGACUUUGAUGCAUAAUGAGAAAGUAUACGUCUUUCAAGGUGAAGCAGCAGAGAUCAAGAAGGAAUAUCUUUUGGUUUCUGCAGAGGGCAUAUUCCCACAUAACAUUGCAUACAGUCUAAUAGGUUCUCCCUAUUUCGGACACUUGGUUUCAGUUAGUGGAGAACUAUCAUCUGAUGGAUCACCAAGUUUGGACUUUGUACAUACUUUUACUCAGGAAGAUAUUAAUAAGGGAAGGAUCUUGUAUCUGCACUCAUCCUCAGACAUGCUCCCUGACCAGAUGACGUUAGAAGUGUCUGCAGGUGGAACAACUGCUGAGAUAGUGGUGCCUCUAGAGAUAUUAUCAGUCAACAUACCAUUGGAAGCUAAUGAACUGAAUGUGGUGCAGGGUGGGACAACUGCCUUAUCUAACAGCAUUCUUCGGAUCCCCAUUGACUACUAUCUGGGUCUCAACUUAGACCUUGUAAUAAUUGAAGCUCCAAAGAAUGGGCGUAUAAUAAAUCAAGAUAAAAAUGAUCUACGAGACUUCAGUUGGAAUGAGCUGGACCAAGGACAAGUAUUUUAUGAACAUGAUGGCAGCAAGACCAGGAAUGACAGUUUCUCCGUGAUAGCCAAUGCUUCAGAUGUGAAUCACCAUAGCCUGCCAGUGACUGUCAAUGUUAUAGUCCAAGCUGUAAAUAAUGAGAAGCCACGUGUGGUCUCCAACAAGGGACUACAAAUACUGGAGGGUGAAACAGCUACCAUCACCACUGAUGUCCUGCACGCUCUUGAUGAUGACUCGGCACCAGAAGACAUUACAUAUUCUUUCAUUCCUCCGACCAAUGGAGAAGUGAUUGUAAGAGGUUUCCCUGGCAAAGUUUUAAGCUUUUCCCAAAGAGAUUUGGAAUUGGGAAUGGUGCAGUUCAUGCACAGAGGAGAGUUGGAUGGAGGAUUUCUCUUUAGAGUGUCUGAUGGAGAAAAUGAAUCGGAACAAUUGUUUUUUCAUGUUCAAGCAACACCAUUCACAGUCACUGUGGAAUCACUACAAAACAUUCUAGUGUGUCCACGUUCACUUCAACAAAUCACCAAGCAACAUUUGAGUGCAGUGACCAAUGAGCAAAAGGGCAACCAGCCUGUAUUAGUAUAUCAUAUAGAAAAUCCACCACAGAUUGGGAAAAUUGUACGAGGAGGAAACGGCAUGGUGUUGGCCAAUUUUACCCAAGAAGAGGUAGAUGCAGGCAUUGUGUUUUACCAACAUGCCGAGUCAUUAAUGCCAUUUUGGACUGCUCAAGAUUCCUUUAUAUUUUAUGUGCAAUCUUCACGUGCCACUUCCCAGCUAUAUGUAUUAAAUGUGACGGUGACAUUCCAGGGCUCAUGCCCACAGCUGCAUACAAAGCUCUGGAAGAACACAGGUCUCAGUGUUCAGCAAGGUGGUUCUUCACCAAUAACACUUGACUCCCUUGAUGGUUCAAACCUUCUGGCAAAUUCAAGCUUCUCGAAACUGACACAUGAUAUAGUUUUUUUCAUCACCAAUUUUCCUUCACAUGGUCAUCUCUCCAUUAAUGGGGUCUCACUUAACCAAGAAAAUACAUAUUUUUUACAGUCUCAUCUGGAAAAUGGAAGCCUGUUCUACACAAAUACCAUGUCUGAGAGCCUUGGAGAUAGCUUUCAGUUCACAGCCCAGUUAAGGCCCAAGUCCAAUUCUUUUCACGAAUCCAUUGACACGUUAGCCAUAAGAGAAUCAUUUAAUAUAACCUUCACUAGUUCACCUAUUAUACCUUCAAUUUUAUCUUCACCAAAGUUGAAAUUAAAUGUAGCAGUGGGCUCAUACAUUCCACUAAAUGAAGAUCACUUAUCUUUAGAUCACCCUCUGGCCUCCCCGGAUAACAUACUUUACACAAUAUUACAUUUACCAUUAGGUGUAUCAGUGGAAAGACGAGGAAACCAAUCUGCUCAAGUUUUACAGUUCACACAAGAAGAUCUUGGCAGGUCAAAUCUCAUCCUUAUUGCUAACCAAACAGCAGUUUCAGGCGAAUUCAGGUUUAAUAUAAUAGAUGGACUGCAAGCCCCAUUUCUAGGACAACUGCCAGUAAGGGUUCUCCCAAUGCAUCAGGCUACUCUUGAAGUCAAACAGAUUGCUGGAAGGUCUAACAUUACACUAGGACAUAUCUCACCAACCCUGGACAAAAUGGCAAACACAUAUGUGUAUAAAAUAACAAGAAAGCCAACAUAUGGCCAGGUUGUUGUUGCCCAGGUACCAGGGUUAGAGUUUCAUUGGGACCAGGUAAACAACAAUGAGGUAUCCUAUGAAUUUACCAAUUUCCUAUCCACCCAAGAUGAAUUUGAAUUUGUUGCUGUCUCAAACAUGGAUGAGGAAUAUAUUGGACAAGUGACUGUACAAGUAUCUGCAACAGUGAAGAUAGGAGAUAGACAAAAGUGGCCGAGAGGAUGUACAAUUAAACUAGGUCCUGAAGUUAUCGAUGCAAGUGAACUCGGUGCAACUACUCAAAGCAUCCCACAGUUUAUCGUACUUCGCCAUCCAAGAAAAGGGAGGUUGGUGAGAUUUCCACAUGAAGGUGGCAAAGGAGACAGGUCAAUGGUCCAUGUCUUCACACAAGGGGAGCUAGAAAGUGGACUUAUUGGUGUGGAGUUAUGGGAAGAUGACCAGAGUGGACAAGAGAUACAAGGUGAUCGGCUUAGUUUAUUGAUCAGUGCCAGUAAUGUGCCUCCAGCUAAUGUUACUGUAAGAUUUAACACCAUACCAUACAAUUCUUCUAAUGCUGACCAUACCAUUCUUCUCCGUUAUCCUGAAAGCUUGUCAAGCACAACAAAUCCACAAAUAUCCAGAACUGUGGAAACCACACAAGGGAUGUUUGUCACUGAUAUACAAGCUACAAGUUCAGAGUCAAGCACUCUAGAAUCUAUGAACAGUGAGCCAACGACACACCAAGAAACAACCACAGAUUUAAUAUCAAGGGAAACAGAUUUAAUUUCGACAGUAAACAUGGUGCUAGGAACAAAUUCAACACAUACAACAACUGUGGCACCCACAAAAACUCCUUUAGUUCUAACUACGUCAACUCAUACUAACACUUUGUCACCAGACGUUUGGAUGUCAUCAGAAUACGUAAGUGAAAUCACUACUCAGGAUAUUAUCUUAAACUAUUCACUGAGUAUAAAUGCAUCCAGUUCACCUAGCCCAGCAUUAGAGGGUACAGUCCUUGGUUUUAUGAGCUCACAUAUGUAUAGCAUUGUGCUUCCUGUCUGUCUUAUAUUGUUGUUCAUUUUGCUUGGUCUUCUUCUUAUGGCUUACUUUGUACGCAAGAAAAAGAUGGGAAAACAUCAUGUCCAAAAAGCAGCAACAUCAGCAGCAAAGACUGAGAAUGGAGCCUCAGAUAGGCAAACAUUUCGUCCAACUGAACCUGAUAGGGGCUUCCCUCUUUGUGAUGUUGGAGAUCACAGAAGCAAUGGUGCUACUGGACAGCCUGGCAGCCAGUACUGGGUAUAAACACAGAAAGAAAGCUUCUCUGGGUUGGCACUAAACGCGGGACAUUUCCUCCCAACAAUACUCAGGAUGGAGAGUGGGAUUACAAUCUGAAGUACUCAGCACUUUUCUUACAAAAGCAGUGCUCUGUAAGUCCACACUGUUACGCAUGCAAGAUAUUUGUCUUUUAACUGGGACAUGUUCUACUGGACUCAACAUUUUCUAACAAUUCUACCCUAAAAACUUAACUAGCUUGCCUAUGUGCAGCUUCCUGGCAUCUAUACCAUUGAAAAUGUACAUGGUAUUUUCCUGCAGGUACGUAUAAUAUAUGCUGGACGAGCAUUAGAUAUUUUAUAGAGCAGCAAUAAGAUCCAUAUGUGCAAAAUCGAAACCUCCAUACAAUUUAUUGCAGAGGCUAAAAUGUAUGUAUAUUUAUCAAGAUGCUGCAGGGGAAACCUUUCAGUAUCAUGCAGCUGUCUAUUUCUUUCUAUUGGCUUCUGUCAAAGUCACUCCAUCACUUUGUUCAGGUUUUUCUGUCUUCCAAUUGUGGGACUUACAGUAUUGCAAGAAUCAAUUGUUUCAAGAAAGACGAGACAGCCUGCCAUUGUCUCAGAUUGUGCCGGACACAAUUGUCUUCUAGACCUCUCAAGUGCAUUCCCUUCUUAUUGUCAGUGUCACUUUGUAUCAAGGAAUGCUGAGUUGCCUAACAUGACAGCUGCAGGCUCCAGCAGUAAAUGAUCAGGGCCCUAAUACUUAUAGACUAUCAAAAGGUUAAUGUGUGAACCGUGAUCUGUAUAUUAGUGUAAACAGAGGUGUCUAAAAUGUAUAUUCAAAAAAUGAAGAGACCGAAAUUGCUUGUAAAUACACCCCAUAUUUUCUUAACAGAUCAGGUUUUUAAAAGGGGGUAUUGGUAUUCCUAUCUCAAACACUUAUGACAUAGCCUUAGAAUAUUCUAGAUGCGGGACCCCCAGCUCUGUUUGGCCUGAUUAUGACAGCUAAGUGUGCUAGGGCUAAUAAAACAGUGAAGCGUGCGGUUUUACCCUGUUGCCGUAAUUCCCAUAGACAUUAAUGGGGGUUACGGAAACAAUGUGGCACUGCGAGCCAUGUCCGGCUACUGCAUGUAGUCUGAACAAGGUCUAAAGUAGCUUGUUCUAGAGACAGAUUAUGAUCACAGAGGUGGACCUGCAUCUAUCAGACAUUUAUGGAAUAUAAACAGGUAAAAGGGGAAAAUGAUUAGGGAAGCCCAGUCCAGUAUACAGGAUGUGAGAUAGUUUUAGACCAACUCUGCUUCAUAGGAUUUUUGUUUACACUUCCAUUCCCUUUACUGCACAUGCAGCCCUGUUAUCGCUAUAGUUUUGAACACAUUUGCACUGUUCCCAGGUGAGAGAAAAGUAUCCAUAAAAAAAUAAAACCUAUUGAUAAAUCUGAGCCAAUCUUCCUGAAACCAAAACGGUACAAUUUUGCCUAUCGCAAUCAAUCCCAGAUUAGCAUUAAGAUAUAAAGUCUGAGCUGUGAUUGGUUGCAAAACAAGACAGUUUUGAUUUCAAAAAGAUUGACAAAUCUGGGCCAUUACCAUGCACUGCAAUAAUCCAGACAUAACCAACAUUAUUGUGAGGCAUUAAAUGAGUUACAUGGCAAUAAGUGAUCAGCAGAAUAAAACAGCCAUGAUUCACUUGCUGGAUUGCCAUAGUCCUUUCAUUCUGCUGAUCUGCGGAGAUUUUGGGAUUAGAAUUGCACCAACCAAAUACUGAUGACCUGUCACGGGUAGACUAUUUGUAUUACAGGGAAACUGACAUCUGGCUCACCCACACUUAACCUAAUACACAGCGUUCUAGUGCGGGUAAACCAGAUUACAACCAGGUAUCCCUUACACGGAUCCACAGCUACAUUUAGGAGAUACCUGUUGUAUUUGCCUCCAUUGCUAAUAGUCAUCUUUGUGAAAUGGAGGCAGGAUCCGACAUACCCAGCAUCCUUGCCUCCUUCCUCUCUGCUCCAAUAUGCCCACCCACCACACGCUCACAUAGGUGAAGGAUCUAUGAAUAUUUAUGAGGUAGGUGGGCAUAUCGGAGCAGAGUGGAAGUAGGCAGUGUUGCUUGGUAUGCUGGGUCUUGCCUCCCUUAUGCAAAGUUGAUCAUUUACAUAUAUUUACAUGUGAAUAAGGCCUAUGUCUGUGGUGAUCAUCAUCAGUAGUUGUCAGAUGACCGCUAUGCCAAUAAACCCCCAAUACACAUGUAUGCUUGGUUCAUUGUGCACGUAAUGUCUAUAGUCAACAUAACAGUAGCCAUUUUUUCACAUUUACAACAGUUUAUAUUAGAGGAGAUCACAGUAUGUCUUCCAGAAUAUUUCAUAAAGCAAAAUACAGGCUUACUAUGAUCUCCAUAAAUUGAUCAGCGACAAACUAACUACCUCAAUAUACGAAUCACCAAAAAAGCUUGAUGGAGAAUGAAAUUGUUGUGUAGAUGGGAACAAAAGUUAAAUGUUACAGAUUACACAGGUAUAACACUCCUGUACAUGUAAGCUUUUUACCUUAUUUAACCAUGAGAAAACACUGUGUCAGAUUAUAUGAAAUACUGUAUAUUUCUAUCCACUAUAGAUUUUAUACUAAGUGUAACUAGAUAGACUUUCCAAAAUCCUCUCCUCAGGCAUAAAAAACAAGUAUAAAAGAAAGUCAAUUUCAUAUGUCAAGACUGGCAGUGUUGGUAAAGAAGGCCUUAGGCAUAAAAACUAGUGCAGACAAAAAGUGUCAAUGUCAAAGUACUAAGAGUAAACUUUGUUCAUUGCUGGUUAAAAGAUAAAAUUAUAGAAAUAUUAGAAUAAACUGAAUGGCCACUGAGAUGGGCACUGACACUGCUGUCUGCACUUGUAUUGAUACAUGAGGCAAUGAGUACGUCUAGCUGUUCUAUAGCAUUCCCCCAUCAUACUAAUUUAUUUCCCUUCAUGCAUUUCCAGGGUCUACCAUUUAGCAGUAAGCAUUUUUAUGCAUAGGCUGCCAGUUCUUUAAGGCAAUCACGUAUUCUUCAUCUCAUUUUCUGUAUAUCUGCUAUUUGUAUGUAUUGUAAACACAUAUGACCAUACUGUCUCAUCAGCUUACCUUCUCCCAUUUUAAUAAAAAAUAAAAAGUCUGUGAUGUAAUUUGCAUAAGUUACUGAAAUCUAAUGUGCACAAAACUUGCCAAUAAAAGAAUAU